AUGUGGAUUCUCCCAGAUUCUUUGGAAGAAGGAAACCGCAGGGUGAAGGGUGGCAGCGCGGAGGAAGGCCCCUGGGGAGCUCUCCCGCUGGGGAAGGUCUUCGACCAAGGCCCUCUGCAGAGAGAGAGGACCCCAGGGCGCCGCAGUGCUCCCUGGAGAAAGCAGCGUAACCAGAAGCCCGGGCCACCCACGUUCCCCCGGAACCCUCCAUGGUUUCUCUUCCCAUUCAGGAACCUUCCACGCGGCUCUGCGCCACGGUUCACGCCCCUGGGAGAGAUACAAAACCUCGGGCCGAGCCAGGCACCUGGGAAGGGGCCACCUAGGGCGCCACCUCAGCGCCUGGCCGAGAAGCGCGGGCUAGAACAGAGCGGGCCGCGGGCUCCCGGGAGCAGCGAGGUUGCCGAGGACCCGGAAAGCCUUGUCUGCUGGGUGGGGGACGACGGGGUGUGGAAAGCAUCCCCCCCAAACUUCCCAGUCCCUCCCCACAGUAGCUCAACGCGCCCCACCCACGGCCAGCUCCCCCCUCUCUGGGCAAGGAAAAAACGCAGUGAGCCCUCCCCGCCCGAGAGUCCCGGCUCCCCGCAGACACCGACCGUAACCCGGGGGCGCCGCACCGAGGCCCCCGGAUCCCCGAGGCUCCGGCUCUCCCCGCCCGGCGCGCAGACGCAGCCCCCGCACCUCCGGGCGCCCUCCCCGCGCUGA